AUGAAUGUUCCACUAGGUGUGUCUCGGCUUGGAGUGCAACGGACGCUGAUGAUGAGUACUAUUCCGGCUAUUUUGGGAUGCAUUCUUCAGUUCACCACAAGAAUAGCAACUGAAUCCGGUCUGACGAUGUUUGUAAGUGUGUUGUGCGUUGGACGCUUCCUGGUUGGCAUUCAUGCCGGGUCUUCGCUUUGCCUCUUCCCAGUAUUCAUCGCCGAAAUAUCGCCAGUAAAAUAUCGGAGUUUCUUAUCAACAUUUCAGGUUCAUAUUCUUGCCAUUGACUACUACAGUAUGCGUAAAGAUGACGUUUUAACGCCUCAAUAUCUACUGAUUUAUUUGGUAUUUACACGUCAUUGUGAUCAGCAAUUAUUUAUUGCUAACAAUAAGCAAGUUUUUCAAGCUUUAUGUACUCUAAUCGGAUUUGUGACUGGAAGUGAACAUUUAAUAAACAUGGGCGAAUAUCGAUUCGAAUGGAUGCAAAUGGUUGCUGUUUUACCUUCAGUUGCAUUCUUUAUAAUGCUCAUAUUCUUACCGAAGUCACCUCGAGACUGCUUGGUUCGCAUCAAGGAUAGUGAUAAAGAAAAUCAGGAUUUGAUGUAUAGAAGGUGUUUGAUGAGUGCUAAGAAGACUGAAACGUCAUCAUUUCUAGCAAACAAAUCAAUAAAAUUUUAUUACGGUCAUGAUGAUGCGGAUAAUAUAAAUGAUGCGUUAUUGGCUGAGAAUGCGGAAUCGACAUGUUGCGAUGAGAGCUGGAAUUGGGUUACUGUUAAGGGACUUAUCUUGGGAUGUGUUGCUGCUAUGUCGUUCGCGUUUACCGGCGAUGAUAUUAUCGAUCAAUUUUCUGCUCAUAUCAUUCAUAAUGUUGACAAAACUAAGAAGAGUAUUGGAAGCGAUCUACGAUCUGAUUUGCUAACGAUUUUUCUUGGAGCAAUUCUCUUCGUUACGAGUACUUUUGGAUCGUUUCUGAUAGAUAAGUAUGGCCGUCGUCGUUUGAUGCUAGCUGGCUUGGUUGGCACGAGCAUUUCGAAUGGUAUUGUUUUAAUCAACAAAAUUAUUCCAUCACCAUCAUUAACGGUAACUGCGUUUGCAAUAACAAAGUGUUUCAUUGGACUCGGUGCAGGAGCUCCGGCAUGGUUUCUGACAUCAGAGUUAGUGCCACCAAGAAUGAUGUCAAUAUGUCAAGCAAUUAGUACGGGUCUCCUCCUCAUUGUUACCGGAAUAAUAACUCUAUUCUAUCUUGAACUCGAACUGUCGUUGUCCGUCAUAUCUUUUGUCAUUUUAGCAUCGGGACCAGCAAUGUGUUCUGCAUUCAUAUUGUUCCUCUUUCUGCCAGAAACACGAAACAAAAACUAUACACAAGUUUCAAGUGAACUGAGUGGACAUUUCUUCUCAGGAUUGAGUGAAUCGAAACCGCCUCAAACAGCAACUUCUCAUUAUGGAUCGCUAGAGGACAAUGAUCAGUUGCAGUCAUUAAUUUGA